AUGAUAAUGGAGGAAGCUUCUUCCCCCGAGAGAAGUUCUGAUUACGCUUACCCAAAUCAUGUACAGGUAAGAGAUUGUUUAAUUUUGAUCUUCCUUGAUUCAUUUAUCUCUUUGCUUAAUCAUUUAUUUUCUCUACUAUCCACAGUCCUUUUCUGAGGAAACUGAAACUGGAUACAUGAUGAUGGAAAGAGCUUCUUGCUCCGAGAGAACUUAUGAUUACGCUUACGCAAAUCCUUUAAUCGCUCGGAGCACAAGAACGGGGUGCGUUCCCGCUGAUGCCUCUCUCGGAUGCCUCGGUGAUGAUGCCUCUGCUAAUCGACAAUCACCACCAUCUGUUGAAGUCGGGUCACCAGCCAUUUAUAUAGACAAAAAUUACGAAGACAUGAACAGACGAACAGAUCCUGAGGGGUAUGUUGAAAUGGGAAAGAGACGAGGCGUGGAGUUUGCAGAUGGUGCAGGUGAAUAUUGUAGCAAUGGCUUAUCCAAAGAAGAAGAAGAAGGCCCUGGAAAUCUGGUUCUUGUCGAAACUGGGAGAUUCAGAUCAUCUGCAAUUUCCCCUGAUAAACAUUACGAGAACAAAAGUGCAAAGAAUAAGUCAUCUGAUGAAGGUGAAAAUGGUAGAGCUCGUGGUUUGUCCAAUGAAAACCUACCCCGUAGCAGCACAAGCCAUUUUUCAGUGGAGAGAACCGAUCCUGAGGAGUAUGUCGAAAUGAGUAAAGGAAGCGUACAGUCGUGA